CUCUAUUUAUCUUCAGUUAACGAUGUUGCUUGUGUGCAUUACUUAGUUCUUUUUAACACCAGUGGAAUUUUGAAAUUUGUUUCCUGUGGGUGUCCCAUGUGAUGCAACGAGAACACGUUGCUAGUUUGUUAGAUGAAUAAGUGACACUAAUAAGGACGUGAGAUUUGACAGUUGUCAUGCGACUCUUUUCGUUAAAUAAUAUUCGGUAUUCAUUCUUUCUAUUUCAUUCUUCCUCUGAACAACGGUGAGAAUAAGUUUACUGGCACAUCUCCUCAUUGGAGGAGUCAGCCAUAAGGAAAGGAAGGAAGGACAAUAAGUUUAUUGUAAAAUGUAUUGUUGGUGUAAUCAAUUGUUCCUUAUUGUGUCCAGUCGCGGGUUAGAUAUUUAAGGGAAAAUAAUGACCUCAGAAGUCAGUGAAACAAAGCCGGGUGAUGGCGAUGAAAACAAAGUAAUCGAAAAUGAUAAUGAAACCCUUGAGGCUAGAAAGAAGAAACUUAAGGAUGAGAUUAACGAAUUGAAGGACCUCAUGUAUCAAAUGCAGUGUAAUAUGAAGAUAUCUCAGUUUAAAGAAAUUCAGAAACUCAAUGAUCUUGAUGAUUCAUUCAGUAUUGGUAGUCCAAUCAUUCAGAACAUGUUUAAUGGAGAAAUUGAUUUACAAAAUGAUUUAUACCGUUAUAUGGGAUUGUAUUGUACAAGGUUCAGUGAAAGUUACACAUUCAAAUUUAUAACCACAUCUAUUUCCACAAAGAAUGAUGUGAACACUGUACAUAUAAUAAACGAGAAUGGUGUAGGAAAAUUGGGAAAAUCGAUCAUGCCAUUCUCAAUAGAUAUGAAUGAAAUUUUACAGGAAACUCCCAUUGAAGAUAUGAGCAAUAUUCCAUUGUUUCUAAGGAACUGCAAGCGAAAGCUUCAUUAUCAUUACUUCAGGAUGAAACAAUACCAGGAUUUUGAGGCUUUUCUCAGUGGUUUAAAAAAUUGUGAAUUGAGUACUGAUUUGGGAUAUACUCAAAUUAUUUUGAAGCUAAUAGGAGUCUUGGAAAUCGAAUCAGGAAGAAAUUAUGAUAUUAUAUUAUACUUCUAUUAUGAAUCGGAUGAUGUUCGGCCACGCAUAGUAAAAAUUGAUUCAUUAACAGAUGCACAAUUAUCGGAUGAGAAAGUUACAAAAUUUAAAAAGUUUUUUAAAUAUUUUAAACAGUUUCAAUUAAAAGUAGCUUUUGAGACAGCUCUGAACACGACACAUACAGUUUUUCUAUGGACAAUAGAAUCAGUUGAGAAUGAUUUCAUUGAAAUAAGUGAUAAUGAUUCAAAUUUUGUAACACCCAAAAGAAAACGUCAAAACCAAUCUAAAAAAUCCAGAAAGAAACGUCAAAGAGUCAAUGAAACGAAUACAUCAAAUCUACAUUCUAGUCAAGAAUCCCAGCAGGAAGAAUCUAAUAGCGAUACAGAGAAUAUAUCACAAAAAAACUCUGCAAGAGAUAAUAAAAGCAACACUAAAAACAUAAGAACGGUAAAAUCAAAAAAAAAUGGCACAAUAAAAAGGAUCCAUCGACAGGAUUUGAUGGAAUCAGAGAAUGAUAGCAAAGAAUUGUUCUCGAUUCAAGAAGAGAAUCGUAAAACUAAGACAAUUCCAAAAGGAGUCGAAAGCAAUUCAAACAUUUUAAAAAAGAAGUCCAAAGGUGCUGAUCCCAAACAGAGGACCCUUAAUUUUGGUAGUUUGCUAGAGAAAAGUGAUAAUAAUAAUGAUAAGAUUAAAAAUAUGACUGCUAUGAGAAAAUCGAUAAAAUGGGCCGACGAAAUUUCAGGGAAAGGAAAAGAGAUCGAAUCGAAAUCCAUCACAAAUAAUAUAAAGCAAGAUGCUGCUAUACUUACUAGCACACCUAUUAGGAAAAAGAAAUUUAAAAAAAAUAAGUUAAUUGUACCUGCCGGACAGGAACUAAGCGUCAUCAACAAAGUAUCCGAUAUAUUUCCGGUAUCGAAUGAAUCCGAAUCAAGAAAUGAACAAAAUAUUACAGCUGAUCAAGUUACUAAAAAUUCAAGAACCAUGAAGGACUCCAAUGAUUCCAGUGACACCAAUUCCGAAACAAGUCAUGAAACGGACAUGUAUGAUAAAGAAUUGUUAAACGAAUUACAAUUAAUAACGGGAAAAGACAGGACUGCCGUUACAAAAAAACAAAAAGCGAAAUCGACACUUCCGGUUAAAAAAGAAAGAAAAAAUAUUGAAAAAUAAAAAAUAAUAUAUGCUCAUAAACUGUAUACGAAGGGUGUUGAUACAUUUUACAUGAUCUUUUACAAUGAAAAUUGCGAUAUUUCUGAAUAAAAUCAAGGUUAAAUGAUAUUGAUAGCUACAAUAAAAAUGUUUUUAUAAUUUGUAA